AUGGGUUCCAUCUCUGAAUUCGACCAAGUCCCAACACUUACGGCGAUUGAACGCAUUGGCCCCAAGGGCUACGUUCGUUACAUCUUCCCAUUCCAGCUGGACGACGACUAUGAUAUCGAUGAGGUAAGCCGUGUGCUGCGAGCCGCGUAUGCGGCCACUCAGCGGCGUGUCCCGGCAAUGGCAUGCGAGGCCGUUCCAGACAUGAACACCAAGCAGGCAGGUGUAUUAAAACUACAAAGAUUGGAUGAUGAAGCAAUCGAAGAUAUCGUCAUCCAAGACUUGCGAGUGUCGGAUACCUUCCCUACAUCAUAUGCAGAACUGAAGUCGAACUCCUUCCCUGUUGCUAGUUUAGACGCCGAUCUGCUAUGCCGUAGGUCUGUAUGGCCUUCGGCCGGAGAGAGGCUACCAAUCUCUCUUGUACAAGUGAACUUUAUCCGCGGUGGACUGCUGCUCAAUUGGUGCACACUGCACCUGGUGGGUGACGGGACAUCAUAUUUCACAUGGAUGAAAAUCUGGGCAGAAGAGUGUCGUCGUGCUCAGGGCUUAUACAUUCCUGAGCCCGUGGAGCUGCCACCGGCUGUAGUUCGGGAUCGAGAACGUGUGAUGCGGUCUUCAGGCCGUAAUCUGGGGUUGCUUGAGAGCCACCCGGAAUACACAUUACUGCCCUUUACACCGUCGAGUGCACCACCAAAGAUGAUAGCACAGAAUCACCGCGCACAGGUUUUCUACUUCUCGCCUGAGGCGCUGCAGGCACUUAAGGCGGAGGCCUCUCCUGUGAAUACCUCAGUGCCGUCCGACCAGAACUGGAUCUCAACCAAUGAUGCCCUCUCCGCUCUUCUCUGGCGGACUGUCAUGAAGGUGCAGUGGCCAUGGGAAAUUCUUGAGGGCGAUCCAAUCUCGGUCUUUAAUAUCGCUAUUGACGGACGUUUGCGUAUAGAACCACCCGUUCACCCGGAUACCCUGGGCUGCUUCCUGGAGUACGUUGCCGUUUCAGCCCCGAUCCGGAAGAUUGUCGGCUCUACCAAUAUCGCUGAUCUAGCCAUCCUGAUUCGGAAAGCAAUCCUCAAGGCCGAUAAGCAAUUCACAGAUGAUCUAGUAGCCCUCAUUGAGAAGUUGGAGGACGUGGAUCGGCUGGUGCCAACAGCGUUCCUGGAUGUGCCUGGCUUCAACUGUGUGCAGACCUCAUGGAUUAACUUCAAACUGUAUUCGUUGGAUUGGGGCUCAUUGUUGGGCCACAAUAUUGGUGCGGUACGAUCGCCUCAUGUUGGGAUCAUUAACGGCCUACAGGUGGUUCUUCCCGCGCCUCCAGAUGGUGGUAUGGAGAUAUUAGUUGGUGUAGAGGAAAGCUGCCUUGAUAAAUUGCUUCAAGAUCCGCUUUGGAUGAAAUAUGCGGUGCCCAGGUAG